AUGCUGCCUGUUUUCCUCUUAGCAUCCAUGGCUAUAUUGGGAGCCACAACUGUCAUGAGCACUGUUACAAACUGUAUAGUUGUCUUCGUAAAUGUUUCAGAAAAGUCAAAGGGGAAAAGUCUUAGCUCUUCCGACAUUAUCCUGAUCACACUUGGAAUAUCCAAUAUCAUCUUCCAGUUUAUAAUGACAGCCAAUGACCUAAUGAUCAUUUUAUGGAGUGACGUCUACUUUUCAGACGAGAUUUUCUCUAUUUUCAAAUCCCUGUUGUACUUCCCCAUCUUCUCCAGCUUUUGGUUCACUGUCUGCCUUUGUGUCUACUACUGCUUACAGAUAGUCAUGUUCACCCAUCCUUUCCUGACACGACUCAAGCGGAGAAUCCCCAAGUUGGUUCCAUGUUUUCUUGUGUCUUCAGUCCUCACUUCUGUGGCUAUUAGUGUCCCAGCUGUUUGGAGCUCAUACAGGGACCAAAUUACUGGCAACGUAUCUAGCAAUCAGAGUUUGCAAGGCAAUGUCCCCAAGCUGAGUGCCUCAUACCUCAUUUCAAGCAAUAUUAUUGGCUGUUCCCUGCCUUUGAUGCUUGUCGCCAUUUCCAAUGGACUGAUCCUUAGAUCCCUUGUGUCUGCUGGCAACAAGGCAGAGAAGAUAAGCAAGGCGAAUAGUCCACGUGCUGAAGCCAGAGAACGAGCAGCCCGUACUGUUGGUUCUCUUCUAUUCCUCUACAUGUCUUUUUACAUUUCUGAAAUCAUGAUGUUUGCAGAUCUCUUCCCAGCCAGUAGCCCAGGUUUUUGUAUCUGUUUAAUGGUUAUAUAUACUUACUCCCCGGCACAGUCUGUCAUACUGAUAUUUGGCAGUCCUAAACUCAAAAAAGCAAUACUAAACUUACUUCGACUUUUCCAGAGAUUGAGUAAUGAACAUUUGGAAACACCAAAGAUUCUCUUUAUUGAUCUCAAAGUCCAGGAAAUUAAGGAUAGUUAAAAACACUAGCAGCAAAUAUUUUUUCACCAGUCUGAUUUCUGAAAAUUCUGAUUUUGAAAUGUAUAUCAGUUUGUAAUCAUCACGCACGCAUUUUAACAUCAUGGUUCCUCUUCCAGAUAUUGUAAAUUGUAAUGUUUUACUUAAACUGAAUCAUGCAGUUACAUGUAGAAUUAUUUUAAUGUAUUUU